CCAUAUCGAGUACUAUAAAAGACAUUUCGAAUAAAAAUUGUAUUUAUAGAAAGACGUUAGUUCGUUGAAGUAAGAGUUAGAAGAAAUAUUUCGUCUUAAUAAAUUGUUAAAAAAAAAAAAAAAAAAAAAAAAAAAAAAAAAAUUAGAAAAAUUAAGUAAACAAAUAAAUAAAGAAGGAAAAAAUAAAAAUAUACGAAAGAAAAAAUGUUAAUCCUUGUUAUAUUGGCAAUGUGCAAUAUCGUUUUUCAACAAACUUUCGCUAAAGAAGAAGAUAUAACGACGGAGGAAGGAAGGAAAUAUACGACCAAAUACGAUAACGUCGAUAUCGAUGGUAUUAUCAAAAGCGAAAGACUAUUGAAGGUUUACGUGGGUUGCCUUCUCGAUCGAAAUCCUUGCACGCCGGACGCAAUGGAAUUGAAAAGAAAUUUACCAGACGCAUUGUCGACAAAUUGUUCGUCCUGUAGCGAAGCACAAAAGAUCGCAGCUGAUAAACUGUCUCAUCAUUUGAUCGACGAGAAACCAGAGGAAUGGAGUCAACUCGAGAAAAAAUAUGAUCCCGAUGGCGAAUACAGACGACUUUAUCUAGAAAAUAAAUUCAACUAUGAUAAUAUGUCCUAGGAUCGAGAUAAAGGCAAAAUGAAUUCCGAAGAAUCGAAAUUAACGUUUGAUCUUCAAAAAGAAGAUCCUUACGAUCAGUUAUAUUUAUAAACCUUAAUCCUUCGAUGCAUGAUUUAUUUUAAUAGUAAUUUGUAGAAGAAUAUAUGGGAUUAAUAUUAAAGCAAAUAAAAUAAUAAUUAAAAAAAUUA